ACGCCUUUCAGCUCGGACUCAACGCACGAACGCGCUCGCUGCUGUGCGUCCCCCCCCCCCGACAGCGAACCGUCUUUGACCCGGUAAGAAGCGCCCCCCCCCCCGGGACUCCAGCCAUGUCCGGCGCGCUCGCGCGGCUGCUCUUCUACCCGACGUUGGCCUACACCGUCGCCAUGGAGAAGAUGACGUCGAGGCGCUGGUUCGACCGGGUGGACGACACCGUGGUGCUGGGCGCGCUCCCGUUCCGGUCCAUCACCAAACAGUUGGUAGAAGCAGAAAACGUCCGAGGGGUCAUCACCAUGAACGAGGAGUACGAGACCAAAUACUUCUGCAACUCAGCCGAGGAGUGGCGGGCGGCGGGGGUGGAGCAGCUGAGGCUGAGCACCACGGACUUCACCGGCGUCCCCAGCCUGGAGAACCUGUGCCGAGGGGUGGAGUUCGCCCUGCGCCACCGAGAGCAAGGCAGCAGCGUGUACGUGCACUGCAAGGCGGGGCGCUCCCGCAGCGCCACCAUGGCCGCCGCCUACCUCAUCCGGCUGCACAGCUGCACGCCGGAGGAAGCCUGCGAGAAGCUGGCGUCCGUUCGGCCCCACGUGCUGGUGCGCUCGGCCCAGCUGGAGAUGCUGAGGAGGUACUACGAGGAGGUGUGCCAACAGCCCAGCUGAGGGACCUGGGGGGGGGGGGGAGAGACUCGUGCAGAGCCUCGAUUCAGAAGGUUUUACUCCAACGAAGAAAAGGCCAAAAUACGUGUAUCCCCUGAGAUUUUUAUACGUGUUCUCGCAAGUUUUUACCGCAAAAAGUUUUAGUCGGUAAUUUUCUAAAAGCAAUAUUCUCACUUUAUUUUUGUAAGCAAAGCGGCUUUCCUUUAACUCCACAUCCAGCCGGUGGCUUAAAGGUGUAGAAAUGAGCUUUUGUAAUAUCGGAUGAUUUUUUUGGGUUCCUGUAACAAAUGUUUCAGCCAAAAAAUACUGUGACUCCAGAAGCCAGAAGGCCACGGUGCUUAUUGGGUUUUUGUUUGACUGUAAUAAAAAAAAGAAGCUAUUUAAAUCAAGGCGUGUCAACAGGAUUUUAUAUUUUCAUUCAUUUACAAUCUGUAUAUGUAUUGAGUUCUAGUAAUUUGUCAAUAAAAAAGACACACCUCUUCAGACUAAACACUAACACACUGUAGACCUUAAACUGGACUCAUAAUGGUUCUGAUCCAGAACCUGUUCAUCGUACAUCGGCUUAUUUGAUGAAAUUGUACUUUCUUGUUCUUCUGAGUUUGUUUCCUUAUGGUUGAAAUGCUCUUAUUGUAAGUUUCUUUGGAUAAAAGACAUGUGAUGAAUGUG